CAUAGUUUACAAACAUGGCCGCAAAAGAGAGGCAAAUAUAAGUCAAUGAGAAAAUUUUAUGGAUUACAUCUCAGUGGGAUGUAUCAUGCCAGUUACAUCAAAUCAUAAUUUUGAAAAUGAAACGGUCAAGAUUCCAAGGCAGAUGAUUUGCUAACAAUGGAGGUUGAAAACAAUAUGAAUGUUCAUGACACACACAGCAGCAUCUUGGAGUUACUGUCUGUGACAGAUGCUGCUGUGCGUGCUCUGGACAAGUCGACCAAGUCACAGGGAUCUGAGAAAUCACGAGAUUCACAUGAUGGUUCACCUGCUUCUCAAAGAUCUGUGAGCAGCAAGGCAUCUUCCGACCUGGACAAAUCCAAAACUUUGUUGCGUAGUAAAGACCUCUCUGAACACUUGCAGACUGAAAGUGGCAUUGGCAGAUCACAGCCUGUGUCUGGUGACAGGAGAGGUAUAGAAACAGGUGGGAAGAACGCUGCACUUGGAAAUGAAUCUGACAACAGUACCACAGCCAGUGAUGUCCUCAUAAGUUCAACUCUGGCUGACCCAAAUGACAGGGCUAACAGAAGUUUGAAUACUAGCAUAGCAUCAACACAUUCAGCUCGGAACUUGGACAACUUCAACACCUCUGGAGCUCAGAAGGUGAAGGUGUCAAGGAAGCAGCUGAGAGAGAUCAUCUCACCUCGAGAGUCAGAAUGUGGACCACCACUUGUGUCGAGGCAGCAAGAAGCACCAUCAAGACCUCCAGCAACUUCCUCAGCCUACUCACGCUCAAACUCUGACAUGUCAGCAGCAUCUAAGAUACAGAGUGGGAAACAUACAUCUACUGAAUCAACGCCGUCGGACAAAGUGAAAACUUCCAGACCUGCUUCUAAUGUGUCAGUGCCCUCAAGUAAAGUUAUCUCGCGUCCCUUUCCCAGUGCACACUGGAGUGGUCAGGAAGGGAAGACCCGGCCUUCCCACAGUAGUUCCGACAAGGUCCUGCAGGAGGACAGGACAAAGCUUCCUGUGGAGAAACACUUCCCUGCCUCAAGUGGAGAGCGUAUUGUCAAUGUCAGUCUGACAUCACAGCCCUCAGACGAUGGGACAUUGAAAACAGGAAGUGCAGGUAAUGUGAGCAGUUCCACAGCCAGCUCCCAGCCCGAGAUUGUCACUGUCCCAGAGAGGAUUGUGACAGUGUCAGCAACAAACAUCUCUACAGGAACAUCAUCUGACGACUCAGUGGACACUGGAGCACAUGCAGGAGGGAAAGGUCAUGUGACCUCACGAUUUUUGGCACUUAAUAAGUUGAACGGUCUACGCCAGGGAGCUCUGACCCACCAUGAUACAGAGGCGGGGCAGCAUGGAGGGAAGGGUGACGUCUUCAUCUCCGAGUUCAGGCUGACAGACAAACAGAGGAUGGCCAAGGAGGCUUUAGGGAAAAGGAGUGAGCAGAUCGGACCAGUGAGGCGGAUGGUGCAGCCGAAGUUUGUCGUCAAACACAACUCGGCACCCUCCCAGGGGGAGAAACAAGAGACUGGGGAGAAGACGUCGGAGUGCAUCACUGCCGCUGUAGCUGCCACUGCCGCCGUAGCUGCAGCCCAACCAUUCAUUAAGGCUCAGUAUGAGCUGGAGGACAAGAUAUCUCAGCUGAUGAACCGCAUCACCGAGCUCCAGAAGGUGGAGACGAAGGUGGCUCCCCCUAGUGAGGAGAGUAGCCGUGUGGCGGAGCUGGAGAGACAGGUGUCGGACCUGACGGAGAAGAGGAUUGACCAUCUGGAGAAGCUGCAACAGCAGCAACUGGAGAUGCAGGCUAAACUGUUCAUGUCUGAGGGCUAUAGAGCUGGUCAGCCUCAGAGACGAGGCACUCGCACCCCACCACCGACAGCUGGCACCGCCCGAUCAUCUCCGACCUCAGGGGCACGCACACCGGAAAAGUCCAAAAAAGCCUUCAGCAAGUCUAAGCUGUAUGUGCCAGCUAAAAGUCGCAGUGACCAGAGUUUUCGGAGUCAGUCGGAGAAGUAUCAGUCGGAGACAGAGGAAUUGCGGACCUCCCCCUUGGACACCCCCGCACCCAGGACGCGUCCCCCGAAGCCGGCAAUAUACGAGUCACAACCACAAAAAAAUCGUGGCCUGUUGGAAGAGAUCCUCGCCGGCCAGGAUUCCCCUGACCGGAGCUCCCUCUACUCCGCCCGCCUGGCCCACAGCCCUCCCACCAAGCUGGCCCGUGAUGUGGAGACCUCAAGGAGCGGAUUUGCCCUGGACAGCCCGGUCCACCAAGCUCGCAAGCUGGUGAGGGAGCUCGAUCACCUUAAACAACACAUCAAUGAUGUUGUUACGGUGCCAGUAGAACAGCCUCACACUCUGGGGUCAUAUCAUAGUAAGAGUUUCCAGCGAGACAUCUCCCCUCCCCCCAGCAGACUGGGCCCCUCGCCGCUCGACCCCUACCUGGAGCACGCCCCAGCUACCAAGUCCAGCCCCUACCCCAAGCUGCCCAGUAAGCGGAGCAAGUCCCUGGAGAAGGACGUACCAACACUGCCUGACUACACUGAGGCCAGGGAGGUCCUGAGACAGAUCCAGAAGGACCGGUCAGUCCUACAGGCCAACCUGGACCAAGUGAUGCGGUCUCGACAUGACACCAAGGCAUACAGUGUCCUAGAGACUCUGUCACAGGACAGCACUGUGAAGGAGCGUGCUCGUAUCAUGCACGUCGUGGACGGCUGUAUUUCGUCUCUACAGAAGGAGAUUGACCGAGAAGUUCACCUGGAGCUCAUCAACAUGGAGGCCAAGAAGAACAUAACUGCUGCUAAAGGAGGCGGGAAAUCUCAGCCAAUCAGGACUAGUGUCAGGGGUCAAGGUCAAGCUAGAGUUGACACUGGCAUGAGGAAAGCUCAGAUCGGGAGGACAGAGAAGCAGAAGAUAGGUUCUCAAAUCAAGACUACAAAUGGGACAGAUUACUUGACUAAGAUCUAUGGAAAGGCUCCAAGCCAGAAGACCAGAACAACAGUUAAAGAAUCUCAUCACUACCAGAGCAGCACCAAGUGUCGCCGUGCACCACCUGCUGCAUCUGUCAAAGGAACAGAUGUGAAAUCUUCCAAGACCCAAACAAUAAAAUCAGUUGCCAAGUCGGCCGUCCAUCAACACCCACAGGCAGGCCCUGUGUCUGCUCCAAGACAGUAUUACUUCAGCCCUGACACUGGAUACAUACCCCUAGCUGUCAGUAAUGCAUCUCCAGUCCCUGGUCAGCUUGUACCGAUGGCCAUCCCACUACAGAAACCAAGGCUCGAACCCGGACUGAGAAUGCCACAACCUGGACCUUCAUCUGCAGCAUCAACCUUUGUGCCUCCUCCUGUGAAACCACUGGUAACUGCAGGCACUAAUGUUGCCAUGGUAGCCAUCCCUACAGAGGAAGAGAAGCCGGAGAGGUCCCCUGAACUGAGCAAGCAGGUGCUUCCCCCUGUUGACAUUGACAGCACGUCCGAGACAUCAGUUCAGCGUGAGGUGUACAUUCAGUCUCCUCAGUCACCCAGGAGAGCCCAGUUUGACACCUCCUAUCGCUACCGGCAACAGAGGAGUGAAGACGAGGAGGAGGAGGAGGAGGAGGAGGAGGAGGAAGAUUUUGACCAGUCUGGGAUCGGUAUUGCUCUACCAGGACACCAGCCUCCAGCUGAACCGGAGCCGUAUGGGCCAGAGUUCCCACCCCCCGUGGCAAGACUCCCCCAGUCCAUGAAGCUGGAGUCACAGAUCACCUCUGAUGUGCUGGCAGAGGACCUGAGACAGAGGGACAUCGUGCAGAACAAGGCUUUGCAGUGGAUCGAGCAGGAGUUGAUGGCUAGAGUUCUGACAGAAGUAUAUCCACUGCGACCUGCCGACCCCAUCCCUCAUGAACCAGCACCAUCUGUCCACACUGACGACAGCGUGGAUGAUGAGUCUCUCCUGGUGAUGGACACCAUCGGUCAGACUGGCCUGAAGCUGUUUGUGGACGCCGGUCAGCCUGUAGACAACAAUUUGGUCAAUGCUCUGGUACGUGAGGUCAUCUCCGAGCAGCUGACCGUCAUGCUGGGGCAACGCAGCCGGGAAGAUGGACUGUCAGGGAGGGACAGUGACGGAAGGAGGCAGGAGGAUGCUGAGGAGAACGUCGCAGGGGAAGAAUAUGAAGAAGAUUACAGGCAACAGUUUCAGGAGUCACCUCGUCAAGGUCGUAUCAGAACACCGCAACCUACUCCAAAGACGAGCCCUGUUAUGUCACCAGUGAGAGUUAUCUCCCCUCCCAUGACUCCAACCGGCUCUCCUGUAGAUGAGAUAAGAAUGUUCCGUGAGAGUGAGCGACGUAUUGUGUCUUCACCCCCACCAGUGAUACCUGUCACCCCAGCGGUGCCACUUACAGAGCCCGAGUCUGAACCAGAAACUUCAGUUUCACUAGACAUCAGUGAAGAGCUGCGUCGACUCAGAGCUUCAGGCGGAUCGGAGGAUGUAAGCUUCUUCCCAGACUCAAGGCACGAUCUGGCCACGCCCAUCACAACCCCUCCCCCUGAACUACCCCAGGAUGAGCCAAUCUCACCUCCCCCACCAUCCCCACCACCUCAGCAGGUAACCAUACCAACCUCACCACCACCUGUCUCUCAAGCCCCGGUCCCACCACCCCCCGAGGAGCCGACAGAGGUAACUCCUCCCAAGCCAGCAUCGCCCCUCCCAGAAGAGAACCCGGAGUACGUCCCACCUCCCCAGCAGGCUGACCAACACCAGCCAGUGGAGACGACUGCGGAGACCCCGGAGGACCCAGGCGAACGUCUGUUACGGUCUCUCAGCGAUAGAGACCUCUCUUCCGCUAGCCACUCACCAAAGGGCCGUCGCUCUCCGAGUCCUCAGCGUCGUUCACCCAGCCCACAGCGCCAUCGCUCCCCGAGUCCCGGGAUGUCCGACUUCAGUUCCUCGCCCGUCACCAGCAUGACGGAGACCAUCAACGAGACGGUGUCGGAGGGGCAGUGGCUGCUGAGUCGUAGUGAGGGGCAGGCAGCUCCGUUCCCAUAUGAAGAAAUGGCCCGCCCGCGAGGUGCAAGACGUGGCGAUGUAAGUACAGCCAGCACACUGCGCGACACCGACGACCUGGACAUGGACAACACAGAGGUGUCUAAGAGUGAGGGUGAGUUCCUGUACCGUUCCGUGGCGGCGCCGGAACGAGACCCCGUCCUGCAGUACGUGAUGAGCCUCCAGCAGCAGCAGCAGCUCGUCCUGCCAGCCUACCCAGGAUACAGCUACGGUCAGUACGACAUCCCGCAAGGCCGCGCACAGAACCUCCUCAACACCACGGGCAAGAGUCUAGGGGAGAUAAGCGUGGGCCAGGUGGCGCCUCACAGGGUCACCCACAUCCGAGCCAGCAAUGACAUGGAGGUAGAGGAUGACGGUGGCUACAGAGGGGCGGUGCAGGACAGCCCCAUCAAGGGCAGCAGCCCCAUCAAGGACACCACUAUGAGGGUGGAGGACCUGAAGGAGAGUCAGAGCCAGCAGAGGACAACCUCACCCACGUCUCGGUCCCCUCCCUCUCGUAGGAUGGACGGUGGUCCCGUGUCAGCCAUGCCUCGCAGUAGCUCUCCCACAGAGAGAGCGAAGGCCAGGAAGCCACCCCAGGCGACACGGUUCUCGGACCCUCUGGAGAUGACAGAGCCUCCCCGUGUCAGUUCAAAGGUCAUCUCUGUCAGGACCAGCUCCGAGGAGUUCCGGGAGUCUCUGGACAUGGAUCAGAUGAUGAAUGGCACCCAGACUAUGAGUGAACAGGGGACGCGAACCCUCACCCCCGACCAGAUGAACACCGACCACUACAUGCAGUCCGGGUACCUCUCACAGACCUUCAGCCAAUCAGAUGGGUCAGGAAGAUUGACAGGCACUCUUGGCCAAUCAGGUGGAAUGGGAUCUGGUAGACUGACUAGUACAUUUGGCCAGUCAGAUGACAUGGGAUCGGGAAGAUUGACAGGCACUCUUGGCCAAUCGGGUGGAAUGGGAUCUGGUAGACUGACCAGUACAUUUGGCCAGUCAGAUGACAUGGGAUCGGGAAGAUUGACAGGCACUCUUGGCCAAUCGGGUGGAAUGGGAUCUGGUAGACUGACUAGUACAUUUGGCCAGUCAGAUGACAUGGGAUCGGGAAGAUUGACAGGCCCAUUCAACCAAUCAGGAGGCAGAGAACGGCCUCCGAGUCUGGGCUCAAUGCGGGCCUCCAGCGAAAUGAGUCGUUCUGGAGGGAUAAGUCCAGACCGCCUACAGUCUUCUGGUCGGUCACUUGGUCUCACAUACUCAUUUGAGAGUGAGGUCGGGGACUCCAUCAGUGAAUUUGAACUGAGGCGAUUGGCUAGUUCUGGUCCAAUCAAGAUGUCCGUGAAGAUGCCAUCUACAGGGCAUGCAGAUGACAGUGAAGAUCUGUCGGAGAUUGACAUUACAGAUAAUCUGUAGUAAUACCAUACAAUGUAAUAUUGGCUGUGUAGUGAAAUGGGUAUUAUUUAUCUUGUUCAUUCAGCCGUUAUGCCACAUAUUAUGACCAAAAAUUGUUUUGACAUAUGUAGUUUAAUUUAUGUUUGGCUGAAUAUUCAAUCAUAUACAGCUUUGUCAUGAGCAUAAUGGUUUCCAGUUUAUUCUUGUAGAUCGUGAUAAAGAUGUAGAAGUCAUCUAUGAUCAUAGCUUUUUAAAGAAUAUUCAAUAAUAAUAAUUUUAUCAGUAUAGGCU